AUGGUUCACAAGGUCCUCGUCUGGGGCGGGCUCGGCGUUGCCGCGCGACUAUGGCAGUUGGGCAUUGAGAUGCGCCCGCUUUUCAAUAAGGAGUCGAUCUGGGUCUACCCCAUUUAUGCCGGCGUUGGUGGCAGCUUCGGCUACUGGCUCACAGGCGUGGAGCAACGACAAUUCAGGCUCCUGGCCGAUCGACGAGACGCCCUACUCGAGAAACGAGCACGGAGGAAGGAGCGCGAGGAGGCUGCUGGAAACUGA